AUGAUGGUUCUCGUUCUUCCCGUACUGCUUGCAGUAACUCAUGCAUUCGUUCCAAUCGAUCUGAAUUCCCAAACUCUUACCGGAAAGGCUCUUGUCGACUAUGUCAACUCCGUCCAAUCCCUGUUCACCGUUGAACACAUAGAUGUUUCCAAGCAAUUCAUGAAGUCCCGUGUGAUGGAUGUUAAAUACGCUGAUCCUCACCCCGGUGAUAUUCCUUCUGCCAAGCUCAACAUUGUUCUUGCCAAGAAGAUCCCGGAUACUUUCGAUGCUCGUCAAAAAUGGAAAAACUGCACAUCCAUCAAAAUGAUCCGUAAUCAAGCCAACUGUGGAUCGUGCUGGGCUUUUGGUGCCGCUGAGGUCAUCUCCGACCGCAUUUGCAUUGUGACAAAGGGAGCCCGACAACCAAUUAUUUCCCCAACUGAUAUGCUUGAUUGCUGUGGGGAAUACUGUGGUUAUGGAUGUGACGGUGGAUAUUCCAUCCAGGCUCUCAGAUGGUGGGUCUCCAAUGGAGUUGUCACCGGAGGAGACUACCAAGGAGAUGGUUGUAAACCAUACCCAUUCUGUUUGUCUGCAGGAUGCCCCGAUGCGUGA